UAUAAAUCCUGAUCAAGGAAAUGAGCCGAAACAAGGUUGAGGGCAGUCCCCACUGGUGCAAAGUGAAACAAACCGUCGCACACACAACAGAUAACUCACCGCAGAUGGAACCUAUAAAGUCUUUUGGCUCACUCCACUCCCUCCAGCAGCAUUAACGGUCCCGAACUGCAGCAGCCAUCGAAAUGUCUUACAUCGGCCAAUGCAACUGUGCGAGUGUGCGCAUCAACUUACCCCAACAGCCUGCCAACUCGGUGAUAUGCCAUUGCACGAACUGUAAAAAAGCCGGGGGCGGACUCUUCUCGGUCAAUUAUCUCGUUGAUGAAAAUGACAUGACCGUGGAGGAUCCCAAUGGGGUGAAGAAGGUUUAUCAGGACCCGAACACUCGGUCUGGGAAUAAUAUCUCGCGUCACUUCUGCUCAAGCUGUGGGAGUCCGUUGUAUACGCUCACGCCCGGAAGGCCUGGGAAGGCAUUCUUGAAGGCGCCGCUGUUCGAGAGCAUUGCUCCUCCGAGUAUGGCGGUGUUUGAGGAGAAGCAGGAGGCGUGGGCGAAGGUUCAUCUGUGAUGAUGGUGGUCAUGUUGAUUGUAGAGUAGUAAUUGGGUGCGCAGGUGUAGGGAACCAUAAUUGAACCCAGAUCUACCGUCUAGGUACUAAGUGUUUUGACUGUACGUACCAUGGAUGAGCGAUGGACGAUAAGAGGGGGAAAUCCCAGAUAAGAAACCCGGCCUUUGCCAAAACGCGGGGGAUCGGAG